AUGAUGCAACCAUAUGUCAUUGUCACACCCAACACAACCAUCCAACCAUCGUCAUCUCUUGAAGAAAUACCACACCAUGAAAUGAAUCAAGACACACAUCAUCAUGAGGAAAUUUUGGAACACAAGACCAUUCCCGAACAACCUCACGAAACAGCUGUACAAGGAACAGCCAUGACCACGAUGGGAGAAUAUGGACAACUCGAUGCCGAAAGUUCGAAACCAGUGCUGCAGAGAAAUCCUUACAUUUCAUUACUAUUUCAUAAUAAGAGAUUUAUGAUGAUUUGGAUGGCAGGAGUAUUGUCUGGAAUGGGAAAUUAUUUUUCGGAAAUUGGUGUCAUUUAUGAAGUAGAGAAUCGAGCAACCUUUGGUUUUGCCACAGGUGCCCUCUUCAUUUCCAUCUUUGCUCCAUCCUGUCUCGCCAUGCCUCUCGCCGGCGUUUGCAGCGAUCUCUUCGAUCGCAGAAUUGUCUUGAUCAUUGCCAACAUAUUAAGAGGAAUCGUCGCCUUCUGUCUUCCUUUCGGAUUUCUCAUUCAACAUUUAGGAAAUGGUCCCUUAUUUGCCUUUUAUUACAUGGAAAUGUUUUUCAUGUUUUUCAUCAAUGCCUUUUACGAUGCCUGUCGUGGUUGUUUAUUACCACUCGUGGUCGAUCAUCAUGAUUUAAUUGCAUGCAAUGCAUUGGACAGUUUGACAUGGUUGUUUUGCUCGUAUGCAGGUGCUGCUUUGGGAGGAUUGAUUCGUGCUAGUUUUGGAUUAUUAACCGUCUAUCUCAUGAAUGGAAUGUUAUUUGUGUUCGCUCUUGCCUUAACCAUUGGAUUGAUGUGGUUUCCAGAGUUGAAUCCUCCGAAACCUGCCAACACUCCGAAAGGUCUCGCUCUCGUACGACACAGUAUUGUGGAAUUAUAUCAAGGAUUUAAAUUGUUAUUGGGAGGAAGAGGUUAUUUAUUGAGUUUUGCAGUAAUGAAAUUAAUUGGAAGUUUUAUUUGGGCGAGUGUGGAAUUUAUUAAUGUGAAAAUUUCAGAAUUUCCAAUCGUUACCAUUGGGAACAGUCCUGAAAAUACCAACACGAUUGCGUAUUGCUUAUUUGGAGUAGGUUCAGGAAUUGCUCCCAUGUUGUGUGAAUUGAUUUUGGGAAAUCGAAUUCGAAGAUCGUUGCGAAGUGCGUUUUGGUUACGUUUCGUCAUUCUCAUUUGUUUCUUAUUCCUUCCAUUAGGAUUUUUAUUAAUGACCUUUACCAUUCACGUGUCCAUGUUCAUGAUUGGAAGUUUCAUAUUAGGAUCUGCUGCUGGUGUCAUUUGGGUGUACAGCAUGUCUGCCAUUGAACAAUUAACACCAAAUCAUUUUUUGGGACGUGUCACGGCGUUUGACAUUUGUUUUGGAUUUGGAGCUGGACAAGCAUUGGGUGUCAUGGUCCCUUCUCCAUUGUUGUAUGAUGUAAUGGGGUUGAAACAACCACACUUGUUGGCAUUGGUUAUGUUUUGUUUGGGUUGGGUUGUUUUUGUGUGUUGGGUGAUUUGGUUUUAUUUGACACGAAAUAUUAAUCAACAUUAUCAUCAAGAAGUGAUGCAGAGAGAGGUGCAUUCGGGAAAUGUGGUUAAGGAUUUACCAAAGAGAUAG